GCUCCACCACACCAGUUAGUUAAGUCAAAAGAAAAGUUCCUUUUGAUCAAGUGUUUACAGUGUGUUAGUAACGUCAAAUAUACUUUUAUUUAAUGCUGCUGAUGUGUUAAGGUGUGAUGAUGUAGAGUAAUAUUAAAUACAAGACUUGAUUUGCACACUAGAAAACGUAAGAGACUCACGUGUUAAGCGGAUGGUAUUUAGAACUGGGGAGUAGACACCAUGACUAUUGCUACGAGAGGACAGGGGAUCGCUGUGGACCCGCCUCCUGAUGGCCAGAAUAAUGUACAGCCGGGUACAUUGGGAGUGGGAGUGGGAGUGGGGGUGGGGGUGGGGGUUGGUGUUGAAGGAGAAGGAGUAGAAGGAGAGGCACCACCUUCUGAAGAUAAGAAGGAGCCAUGCACAGAGCCGUACUGCUCGUGUCAAGAGCCAGACUUCCCUCAUGCAAAGUUGGCGAUGCUAGAUGAGAAGAUCAGCAGUCCUCGGUGGGUGGUGCCUGUACUGCCUGAGCAAGAACUGGAGGUCCUCAUGCAAGCCGCUAUCAAUCUGUGCAGAACUGGACAAGAUGUCCGUAGUGAAGCGUGUCAAAGGUUUUUCCGUGAAGGGCUGACCGUUUCAUUCACCAAGAUCCUGACAGACGACGCAGUCAACAGCUGGAAGCAUAACAUCCAGCUGUGUAUACUGCAGAACUGUGAGAGGCUUGUGGAACUGUGUGUCAUUAAACUUAGCCAAGACUGGUUCCCACUGCUGGAACUACUAGCCAUGGUCUUUAACCCAAAUAACAAGUUCCACUCGUUCAAUGCUUCUCGAACGUCAGAGUCAGUUCCGCCCAACUCCACUGUGCCAGAUGAGGACAUCUACGCUAGACCUCCACCCGACUCCCGCACUCCCCGCGGGUGGCUGGUCGACCUCAUAAAUAAAUUCGGCAACCUGGGAGGUUUCCAAAUUCUGCUGGAAAGGUUCCAGUCCGGCAAGAAUCUGACAGUUCCUGUGAUCUACGCGUUGAUACGUCCCUUCGGCCUGUGUCAUGAACUGCUCACCGUGCACACAAUCAUCAAGUACCUCAUGCCGAUAGUGGAAAUGGUGCCGGAUAUUUUGGAUAAUUUAACAGAUGAUGAAAUUAAAAAGGAGGCAAAAAAUGAAUCGAAAAAUGAUGCAAUAUCAGCUAUUAUAAAAGCAGCAAAAGCAUUAGCGUCACGAGUUCCAGAUCAAGAGGAAACAAUAAAAAAUUUGGAGAUUUUUAGAUUAAAAAUGAUUUUAAGAUUAUUACAAAUAUCAUCAUUUAAUGGUAAAAUGAAUGCUUUAAAUGAGGUAAACAAAGUAAUAGCCAGUGUUACGUAUUAUCCUCAUAGACAUUCUGGCAUAGAACAAGAGGAAGAGUGGCUAACACCAGAAAGAAUGGCAAAAUGGAUCAAAGAUAAUAAUGUGUUAGAAAUAGUGCUUCGAGAUUCCCUACAUCAGCCGCAGUAUGUAGAAAAAUUAGAAAAAAUAUUGAGGUUUAUAAUAAAAGAGCGGACUUUAUCGUUAGAAGACUUGGAUGCAGUUUGGGCAGCUCAGUGCGGAAAACAUGAAGCAAUCGUCAAGAAUGUUCAUGACCUGUUGGCCAAACUUGCCUGGGACUUUUCACCUGAACAACUGGACCAUCUCUUUGAGUGUUUUCAGGCAAGUUGGACUAAUGCAAAUAAAAAACAGCGGGAGAAGCUUUUGGAGCUGAUCCGUAGGCUGGCUGAAGAUGACAAAGAUGGUGUCAUGGCACAUAAGGUGUUAACGCUGUUUUGGAACUUGGCACACUCUGAAGAUGUGAUGACGGACCACAUGGACCAGGCACUGGCAGCUCAUAUUAAGAUCCUUGACUACAGCUGUUCCCAGGAACGAGAUGCCCAGAAGACAGAAUGGUUGAACAGAUGUGUAGAAGAGUUGAAGACAUCAGAGACGUGGGUGCUGCCUGCGCUGAAGCAAAUACGGGAGAUAUUCUGUCUGUAUGAGCCAAACCCCACAGUGAACCAUGGCCAGAGGACACACCAAGUCUUCUACAGACAAGAAGUGAUAGAUCGCUUGCAAAACCAACAUGGCCUUGUAGUUUUAGUGACCACUAGUCUUACAUGUUACAUGGACAAAGUCAGACAAUUAGUUAAGGAUAAGCCUGAUUUGGAUCCUAAUGCUUACUUCCCAGAUAAAAGAUACAACCAUGUUGCACAGGUCCAAGAAAGGCUGAAUUUCUUAAGGUUUUUGCUCAAAGAAGGUAUAAAACAACAUGACAUGUUGUGUCAGGAGGGGCAACUGUGGCUGUGCAAGGACCAGGCUCGUCAGAUCUGGCAGUGUCUCGCCGAGGACGCAGUCUUCAUGUCCGACCGUGAAGCCUGCUUCAAGUGGUUCUCUAAACUAAUGGGAGAGGAACCCGACCUGGACCCGGCAAUCAACAAGGAGUUUUUUGAGAACAACGUCCUACAACUGGACCCCACGCUGUUGACUGAAAGUGGAAUGAAGUGCUUUGAAAGGUUUUUCAAGGCUGUGAAUUCAAAAGAAGGUAAACUGAAAAUGAAAAGAAGAGCUUUUAUGAUGGAUGAUGUUGAUCUUGUUGGCAUGGAGUAUAUUUGGAGGGUAGUGACCAACACAAGUGAUGAGAUAGCCAGCCGAGCCAUAGAGCUGCUGAAGGAGGUGAGCACCAAUCUGGGGCCGAAGCUACAACAGAACUGUGUACUGUUCCAUGAGAACUACAUCUCCGAGUGUCUGGACCGUCUCAACGCUCACUACAGCACGGUGCGCAUGUUGCACUCACAGGCCAACAAUGUCCAGCAUUCUCCUCACAGUUGUUGCCGGCAAUACCAACAAAAGUCCAUCACCAUGUGUCGGGUCAUGAAGGUCCUCCAGGAGUACAUCAGUGAGUGUGACGGCGAGUUCUCAGGAGAGAGAAAAUUGCUACCUUUACAUAGGGCCUGCCGAGGUAAGCAUCUGGGUCUGGUGGUGAGGUUCACCACGCCAGGCCGCCAGGGAGGGGAUGAUGUGGAUGUUCACACUCACAGCAACGACACUGUGGGCUCAGUCAGACGACAGGUGCUCAGGCGCAUCAAGGCAGCAGGGUCGAAUGUGAAGCUGGACCUGUACAACAAUGGAGACCUACUGGAUCCAGGGGACGACCGCCGUCUGCUCUCACAACUGCCAAUCAGAGACAAGACGGUGUUGUCAGCCAAGCUGAGUCAAGCCAAUGCCAACAUGGCCAGUUCUCCUGACAGCAGUUCUGACAGUUCCACCAGUUCUCCUCAACACCCGUAUGACGGUCCCAACUUGGAGGCCGAGAACACACUGCCUGGAGUGUUGAUGUCGCAGAGAGGACAUGCUCAGUUCUUCUUCGCGGUGGCAGACCUGGGCUGUGAGCUGCAUGACGAGAGUUUGCGUGACGCCGCUCGUGCAAUCCUCAAGCUGAUCCCUCCGGACAGUGACACUGUGGCCAGACUACAGCUGUUGUUUGGUGACUCCACUGUCACUGUGGAGGAUCCCCAGCCUACAGUGGAUAACAUGUUCUUCUGUGACAGUCCAUCCCGGGUGCUGUACAACCUCGAGGUUAUGUAUGCCCUGUUGAUGCCAGCUGCUGACCCUUUAUCAGAGAAGGCGUUCGAGUUUCAAAUGAACUUCCUCCGCAGUCCAGAUGCUCAUGUUAUAUUAGAAAUGCUAACAAAGAAUAAUUUCCUGCCUAAUGCCGACGUUGCUACUAAAAGGUCGGCGUACCUAACAGUGAUGAGGAUCUGCAAGCUGCUCUUGGCGACACUCGGUCAUGUGACGUUCCGUUGUCUAGAGGACCAGUGCAGCAGCAGUGACAGGCUCAAACACGCGCUGGCCUCUGUGCCGAACAACAACACGGAGUACAUGCUGCGCAAUGUAGCAUGCCAGCUGGCCGACAACUACGCUGCACAGGUGACGUCAGGUCAGCUAGGAGACUGUCCACUGGUAGCGGCCGCAGUGGCAGGGGAGAUACCUGGGCCAGACACGAUCCGUGCAGUGAUACGACUGGCGUGGGCGUCCUGCGCUGGUAACCUUCAUCUCAUGGACCACGUGCUCAUGAACCUCAGGAUCGGCGACACGCAACUGUGUCAGGACGACGUCCUAUUAUGUAAAGAAGCGUUAGAAGUAUUAACAGUGGCUCUAGUCCUUAGUCCUAAUACCCUCGAUGCCUUGAGCAAGGAGAAGAUGUGUGAGAAGUUUAUCAUAGAUCUAGUCCUGCGUUGUAGUAAUAGGUCCAUUAGAGUAGCGGCUGCGGAGCAGUUUCUCAUAAUGUCCAGUCUAGGCUCUGCGCAGCAGUUCCUGCAGCUGUGUAUUGCUUUGUUGUUCAACGUGCUGCACACACAGGUCAUCGAGUAUGCUCACAACUCACACGAGUAUUUUCAGCUGCUGUGUCAACUGUUGAAUUUUGCUUAUUUGUACCAAUGCAAUGUCAACAUCGCAGAACAGUUACUGGCCGCCGAAAUAGUCUGGCUUAAGAAGAUAAAGGAGACAGUGAGGGAGACUGGGGAGACAGGUGUAGAGGAGGCAGUGUUGGAAGGACAUCUGGGCAUUGCCAAGGAACUGCUCAACUUUCUGCCUCCAGACAAGAAGUACCAGCUGGGCUCUGACGAGAAGACAGGCGUCAAUCUCAUCAAGGAGCUGGUGGAAGACUUCAUUUUCCCAGCCAGCAAGUUGAUGCUUCACCUACAGAGGACAGGGGAGCUGAUACCUGACCAGGCUGUGGCUGUGUGUUCCACUCCGCAGACUCUCAACUCUGCGUUUGAACUGCUUGUGUCACUCUGCGUAGGCUGCGUACCCAACAUGAAGCUACUCACCACCAUGCUCACGGACAUGUUCUACUCAGAGAGAGACGAGCCGUUGAUGGACUGGGACUACCUGCCUCCUGUGGGACCUCGGCCACACAAGGGGUUUGUAGGGUUGAAGAAUGCUGGGGCGACUUGUUACAUGAACUCUGUACUACAGCAGCUCUACAUGGUGGAGAGUAUCAGGGUGGGUCUGCUGGCGGCUGAGGGGGCAGCUACGGACCUCAGUGAGGACUUCAGUGGCGACGAGCGGCCUGACACUGAGUUUGUGCAGUCACAUUGUGAGAUGGAAGAGAAGAGCAGUCUCGAGGAGUCCAGGAAGGAGUACAACAUCGGCAUACUGAAGCAGGUGCAGGCAAUAUUUGGUCAUCUGGCAUAUAGCAAACUACAGUACUAUGUGCCCCGGGGACUCUGGAAACAUUUCAAGCUUCAAGGAGAGCCUGUGAACCUGAGAGAGCAGCAAGAUGCUGUAGAGUUCUUUAUGGCUCUAGUAGAGAGUCUAGACGAAGCACUCAAGGCUCUGACACAGGAGCAGAUCAUGGGCAAGGUGCUAGGGGGCUCGUACUCUGACCAGAAGAUAUGUAAAGGUUGUCCCCACAGGUAUUCUAAAGAAGAGCCGUUUAGUGUAAUAAGUGUAGAUAUUCGUAACCAUUCAAAUCUUGUUGAUUCGUUAGAACAGUAUGUUAAGGGCGAACUCCUAGAGGGCGCAGACGCUUACCAUUGUGAUAAAUGUAAUAAAAAAGUAGUUACUGUAAAAAGGUUAUGUGUUAAGAAGCUUCCUCCAAUACUUGCAAUCCAGCUGAAGCGUUUUGAGUAUGACUUUGAACGUGUCUGUGCCAUUAAGUUUAAUGAUUACUUUGAGUUUCCAAGACUGUUAGAUAUGGAGCCUUAUACAGUGUCAGGACUGGCUAAGCUAGAAGGGGAGAUGAUAGACUGUGACUACAACACCAAGGAGGUUUGCACCAAGUACCAGCUCAGUGGUAUUGUAGUACACAGUGGUCAGGCCAGCGGUGGUCACUACUACUCGUACAUCCUCCACAGACAAGGCGAUGGGUCUGCCAGGUGGUACAAGUUUGAUGAUGGUGAGGUGACAGAAUGCAAGAUGGACGAUGAAGAAGAAAUGAAAACACAAUGUUUUGGAGGGGAUUACAUGGGAGAGGUUUUUGACCACAUGCUCAAGAGGAUGAGUUACCGUAGACAGAAGAGGUGGUGGAACGCCUACAUGCUGUUUUACACUCGGCUUGAUGUCGAAGAGAGUGUUCUAGUCAAAGGAAUUAAUCAGCUCUCUCUUUCUGACACCAAGUUGGGUGUGAUGAAGAUGCCGGCUGCCAUAGAACGGAGUGUGAGGCGGCAAAACAUCAAGUUCAUGCACAAUCGCAACCAGUUCUCUGUGGAGUACUUCCAGUUCAUCCGCAAACUGGCGUCGUGCAACAUCCCUCCUCCCAACAGGCAACACAAUGCGGAUAAGUUUAGUCAAGAGGCUGAAGAGUUGUCUAUGCUGAGUGUUCAGCUGGCCAGCAAGUUCCUGUUCCACACGGGGUUCCAUACCAAGAAGACGCUGAGGGGGAAUGCAACGGACUGGUACGAUGUGCUCAACUACCAUUUGCGCUCGUUCAAGUCUGUCCGCUCCUGGUUUGCCCACAACGCCCUCUUCAAACACUCCCACAGGUUUUGUGAGUACUUACUGAGCUGUCCAAGCGCAGAAGUAAGGUCAGCGUUCAUGAAAAUCAUCGUUCACCUGGCACACUUCUCCCUACAAGAUGGCCCAUGCCCUCCGCCUAUGCUCAAUGCUCCUACAAUACUGCUGGACCGCAAGGCCACGAUGAGUGAUCAUCUGUUGAUGGCAGUCAUGUCCCUGCUACACAAGGAGGUGUCUGAGCAUGGAAGGCACUUACCUCACUACUUCUCUCUGUUCCACACCUACGCUUGUCUUGGCAUCGCAGAGAGGACACAGCUGCUCAAGCUAAACGUGCCGUCGACGUUCAUGUUGGUAGCACUAGACGAAGGCCCAGGACCCAUCAUCAAGUACCAGUACCCUGAGUUGACCAAGCUGCACAUGGUGGUGUCUCUGUUGAUAAGAUGCUGUGACGUCUCCUCCCGCAUGCAGUCCUCACAAGCGAACACUAUGCCACUAACAAACCCCUACAAGGACCCUUCAUGCCCCGACUACAUAAUGCCUAUCCAGCAACCUGCUGCUGACAUACUGUUCAACAGAUCCAGUUACAUCAAGAAGGUGAUAGAGGACGCGGCGCUGAUGGAUGAAGGGUUGAAGCUGCUUCAGUUUUGUUGCUGGGAGAAUCCUCACCUUUCACGCAUCUGUCUCAGUGAGCUACUGUGGCAGAUAGCAUAUGCGUACUGUCACGAGCUGCGCCACUACAUGGACCUGCUGCUGGGCAUGUUGCUCAUGGAAGACUCUUGGCAGUCACAUCGGAUACACAACGCCCUCAAAGGUAUGGUAGACGAGAGGGACGGACUGUUUGACAUCAUCCAGCGUGCCAAGAACCACUACCAGAAGCGAGCCUACCAGUGUAUCAAGUGUCUAGUGACGUUGUUCACCAAGUGUCCGGCCGCUCACAAUAUGGUUACCUCAGUGCCAGAGUUACGCCGCAAGUGGCAUGUCUCUGUAGAGUGGCUUCAGGACGAAUUAGAAAGGCAGAGGCCGUAUGUAAGCAACAGCUACAACACUGCGUGGUCGCCUCCUGCACAGAGCAAUGAGACGGCCAACGGUUACUUCCUAGAGCGCUCCAACAGUGCUCGCAAGACUCUGGAGCUGGCUUGUGAGUUGGUGCCUGAGGAAGUCACCAAUCCACAGCAACUGGAGCCAGAGGUGGAAGUGGAGGACAACACAGAGGACCCUGAGAGUUGUCCUGAGGAGCCAGUCUCGCCCUCCGGGACAGACGGCCGCAGAGAGCACAGGAGAAGGAGGACAUUCAACAAGGAGGGAAGGAAGUAUUACAACAAGUACAUGACAGACGAGACAGGCGCUGUUAGCAUACGAGAGGAGACUGAGCCACUGACCACGGUAGUGUCAGACGUGGCUAACUGUGAACAAAAGUUUAACUGAGUGGACGAGCAAGACACAGAAGCCAGUGAUUGUGUACAGACUCACUUGUAAACUACUGUACUAUCAUUGUUAUCAUAUUCUUUAUUGCCUUUGUUCGAUGGUGCCCACUGACAACGGUUUCUUUUGUAAACAUAUAUAUAAUAUAUAUAUAUUGAGAAUCGCCUCGUUUAUAAAUAUUUAUAUAGUUUUUAUUAUUUAAAGCUAUCACUCCUAGCAUAUUUAUUAUGCCCACUAUUAUUAUUAUAGACUACCUUGUGUGUUUGUUUUCCUUUUUUUGGAAUUGUCUUUCAACACGUAUUAAUGAGAGAUUUUUUUAACAAAGCUAGAUGAAUAUUUAUAUGAUGAAAGCCUUUUUGUAUGCCUAGCGAAUGAGAAUGUAAAUUGUCGGAUAGUAGGCUAAGAAUAUAUUAAUGACUACGGCAUCACUGUACAAUAAAUUGUAUUCGUUUUUAUUUCUAUUUUGUACUUUUAUUGUCGAUCGAUAAAUAUUGUAAAUUUUUAGGUGCCUGUGAUAGUACGAGGUGACGAUUUUGUUGAUUUUAAUUCUGUACAUUCUAGCUUUGAUACACUUAGCUUUGAUAUCCGAUGCCACCAAAUGUUAGGACUAUUAUUGUUUUGUUAUGACGAACGUAAGACAGUUAAUGUCUGGGUAUUAAAAUACUGUGUAAAGUUAUUGAAACAUUCAUAAUAAAUUAAGGUACAUA